AUGGCGGAUCAGUUGAAAGGAAAGCGUAGCACAAUUUGGCCCGGACCUGAGCUGUUGCCGCUGCCAAAUACGAACUACAACCGAGCCAGCAUUACCUCGGCCGCCUUGAGCGACGUGGCGAGCGAUGUCAUCAUAAAGUCACGCAUUCGAUAUGGCAGCCGCCUUUCAGCCUGCAAGGGCAUACUUCUCGAGUACUCGAAGAGCACCACUAUACAUGGCAUUCGUUAUAUUUUCGAGGUGCAUCGUCCCAUCUACGAGAAAUUAUAUUGGCUGGUGUUGACCUGUACUUCUGUCUAUUUUGCCGUCUCGCUCAUUUGGGACACCUAUCUGAAGUGGCAGGACUCGCCUGUCAUCCUGGGGUUCGAUGAGACGCUUGUGCCAGUCCAUCGAAUACCCUUUCCGACCAUAACCAUUUGCCCAGAAAUUAAAAUGGAGCGUAAUGUCUUUGAUUAUAGGAACAUUUCGCGACAGAUUUUGGCAGACUUUAAGCAGAACCAACAAUUCCUAAACGUGGACAGCAUAGAAGAGGAAGAUCUGGCGCGUAUGGCGGCUACCAUGCAUAUCUGUGACGCUGAUGUGGUGCAGCGAUUUGCACCGCUCUUCUCUCAGCUGCCACAAAAUGUGGAUAUCGCCCGAACGCUGUUGGACCUGACCAUAACGAAGAAUCUGACGGCUCCGUUCUGCAAAUGGAAUGGACGGUUCUACUUUUGCGAUAAGAUAUUUGAUUUCGUCCCCACCGACGAAGGCAUCUGCUAUCAGUUUAAUGGACUGCGGCCCAAGGACAUUUAUCGGGAUGAGCGUUUUGUGAGCUACGUAGAUCCGGACAUAGUCGACUUCAAUAACUUCUUUGACGACCUGGAGCCGCUGAACAACAUUACUGGCAACUGGUCCCUGGACUCUGGUUAUUUGGGACAGGGAAAAAACGCGUAUCCCCAACGCACGGUUUUUUCGUCAGCCCGCAAUGCGUUCUUUGCCUUCCUUCAGGCCCUCGAGCACAAUUAUGACUUCGAUUGCCGCAGCUUUAAGCAGGGAUACAAGGUCUUCCUAAACUCCCCCGAGAGCGUGCCGCUCACAACUGGUAAUUACAUACUGGUCCCUAAUGGGGACGAGGUUGUGGUUAGUGUGCUGCCCAAUUACGUCGUGUCCACGGAUAAUUUACACGAAAUUAGUCCAGAGAAGCGACAAUGCUUUUUUGAUGACGAACGUGCCUUGCGCUUCUUCCGGUCCUACUCGCAAAACAAUUGCCAAACUGAAUGCUUAGCCAACUUUACGGUAGCGAAGUGUGGAUGUGCCAAAUUCUGGAUGCCCAAGCCCCUAGAUGUGCCCGUUUGUGGAUUAGACGACAUUGCUUGCUAUACGGCCGCCCAGGAGGAGCUGAACGUGCUUCUGCAGAACCAGACCAUGCAGCAGACAGUCGAUCCAAAUGCGAAGGUAAUGUGCGAUUGUAUGCCGGCCUGCACCUCGCUGGAGUAUAACUUUGAAAUCUCGAGGGCGCGCUAUGAUCUAGCAAAGACCCUGCGUGCCUUCAGAGAGGUCUACGAGCACGAUGAUUCCAUUGGCUCCCGUCUGUCGGUUUACUUCAAGGAGCACCAGUUCACGGCGAUCAAGAGGACCAUCAUGUUUGGAGUGUCCACUCUAAUAUCUAAUUGUGGAGGCAUCUUUGGCCUGUUCAUGGGCAUCUCCAGCCUGAGCUUCAUUGAGCUCGUCUACUUCUUCUCCAUGCGCAUCUGCAGCAGCUGGAGGCAGCGACGUAAGGCCAAGAAGCAAAUACUAAUUCAGGAGGAGUAGUCAGGGGGCAAGGAGUAUGUUGAAGUUGUUGGUGUUUUUGUUGUUGUUGGCAGUAAAUGUGUGGCAAUUAAACAAAACAACAAUGUUGGAAUGUCUUUCUUUCUUUAUAAUUA